UGUAAGGAAUAAAGCGCUUGCAUAUUAUAUAUUUGCGCAAUAUCGGCGCUGCGUUGACGUACACGAAGCACCGCAGCCUAUUUGUGUUUUAAAUCUUUGCCAUUUAAAUUCUGAGACUUAACAUUUAAAUAUAAUCUAUAUAUUUAUAUAAUCAACAGUAGUUGCUCUUGAUCAGUUAUUCUGUUAACAGUUAGACUUUAUUAGCAUCUGCAUUUUGGAGAUACAGGAGCAUCAGACACGUUUCCAAUAUAGAGGGGAAAACAAACACAGAAUGCGCAGAUGCAGCGCAGCUCUGACGCUCAUGACGCAACCUGCCUCUGUGCGCGCGCGCGUGGGCGCCGUUUGACUCUGACCGAUGGAGGAGGAACAGAGGCUGGGCGAGAAGACGAAACCCAGGUGGAGUCCUGAAGAAGAUGGAAAUCUUAAGACUCUGGUCGAGAGGAUUGGGAAGAACUGGAACGCCAUUGCGACUCUGAUACCUCUUUUCACUGCGUCUCAGGGCCGGACUGAACAGGAGUGUAAGUACCGUUACACCUGCGUGUUGGACCCAAACUUGAUCAAGGGUACCUGGACUAAAGAAGAGGAUGAGAAGCUCAUAGAAUUAGUGACAAAAUUGGGAACACACCAAUGGACCAGGAUCGCCAAGCACCUAAAGGGCCGCAGGGGGAAGCAGUGCCGCGAGCGCUGGCACAAUCACCUGGACCCGUCCGUGAAUAAACAGUCCUGGACUGCCGAAGAAGACCUCAUCAUCUGCAAAUCCCACAGCAUUCUGGGAAAUCGCUGGGCCAAAAUCGCCAAACUGCUUCCUGGCAGGACUGAUAACUCCAUCAAGAACCACUGGUACUCGACUCUGAAGCGUAAAGUGGCCACCGGCGCCCUGGUGAUCGACGCCGCUCCUGCGGACGCUUCGCCUCACGAAGAAACGUCUGUAAAGGUGGAAAAGGAAGAAGAAGCGGCUGGUCCUACUGAAGAGGAGACUAAAAUGGAUGUCCCCUGUGGUGUUAGUCUGAUGUCAGAAUCCGUGAUGGACGUACCUGAUCAGACACAACCUGCACCAUCGCCUCCUCAUUCCAGCGUACAAGAUUCCUGUUACGAUGCUUUCAGCUCAGUCCUAAUCACAGACUGCACAGAGGAGGUUUCCUUUCAGAUAAAGGAAGCAAUGGAAUCCAGGGUUCGCAGAAGAAAGCAGAAGCCCAAGAAAAACCAGAGGCAUUUAAAGUGGAAAGGAGCCUCUGACGCUGAAAAAGACGCCAACGACAUCACCAGAGUAAGUUCCACGUCCAGCCCCAGCGGCAGGUCGCAGUCUCGACAGAAAGUCAUCAUAGAUGCGGCGCUGCAGAUGAUCUCUGAAGACAUGCUGCCUUUUAGCAUCUUGGAAGGAUCCGGGUUUCGAAACUUCAUGGCUGUGAUCGGUCCGCAGUACGCUAGACUUUCUCAGCGUAGCGUAGGAUUGAGGCUUUACGUUGAGGUGGAGAAGAUGGUUAAACCGCGCCUGAUUAAACAGCUGAGGGAUUGUCUCGCUGUGACUGGAGGAAACGCUAACAUCCACGUCACUGCGGAUAUCUGGGCCGGCGAGGACGCUGACCCCGUCCUCGCCGUUCAGCUGCAUUUCCUCGACGACGACUGGAACGUGUGCAGGCCGACGGUUGCGUUUCGGCAUUUAACCGACAAAAACUUGAAUAGCGUUGUUACGAAGGAGCUGGAAGCCGUGCUCCUGAGCUAUGGGCUGUUUCGUCAGAACAUCGGCUACCUUAUCGUUCACGAGGCCAAGAACACCAUCUCCGCGCACGACCUCUUCUGCGACUACAAGAUCAUGCAUAGCGUCCAGAAGAACGACCCCGACGAAGACGAAAUAGUCGACUUCCUUGACGAUCAGGUGUCUGCUGUGGAUUUCUCAGAAGUCCAGUUGGGCACGAACGUGGACUGCUUUACCAGCCUGUUGCACUUGGUGAUCAAGGAAGCUCUAAAGACCUCGAAGUCUGCGAACUAUGUCCUCUCUCAGAUCCGAGAUAUCGUGGCCUUUUUCCGGUGCAGCGCCUACUGGAAUAAUGUUCUCAUGCAGGACUGUAAGCUCUCUCUCGCAAGUCCUCACAGCUACAGCAGCUAUCGUUGGAACUCCACUUUUGCUGCUUUUCGGAAGCUGCUUCCCCAGGUUGCCUGGGACGGCGUGAUAGGCCUGAUAGCCCAAGCGCGGAAAGAAGAGAACGACUCAUCGGAUUCUCCUCCAGUAAUCCACGUCCGUUGGGACCAAGUCGUAGACAUCAUUGGCUUAUUAGAACCCUUCGAAGAGGCGAUCCAAGUGCUUCAGUCAGACGGCGUCACGUUCUCCCUCGUCAUUCCGUCCAUCAUCGGACUCGAUAAAACCCUCGAGCUUAAAAAGACGGCGUAUCCCCAAUUCUGCAAAGCUCUCCGCUCCGGACUGCACGACUACUUCCAACCUCUGAUCAUGCAAAGAGAUUUGAUACUCGCUACAGUCCUGGAUCCUCGCAUUAAACUGCAACCUUUCGAAGACGAAGAAGAGGCCAGCGAUACCACACUCGCACCCCCUACGAAAUUCUGGGCGUGUUCAAUCUUAGAAUCCGCCAUGAGCGAGACCGAUGCCUGGAUUCCCAUUGAGGAGGGCAGUGCGAAACUAGACCGCGAUGACCAGCUUGCCACGAAAGCUGCCAGUUUGGGCAACAUCAAGAACAAGCAGAUCUUUAGCUUCAUGCAGCCUUCCGCAAAGACCACGCAAGUCUCCGAGCUCGAUCUCUAUAUCUCCGAACCUUUACUGGAUGGAGAUGCUUCCAUUGAGGAAUUCUGGCGAGAAGCCACACGGUUCCCGCAGCUACGAAGUAUCUGCCACAGACUUUUGGCUGUCCCGGCUUCCUCCGGAGGGUUUAAACGUCUCUUUCCCAUGGCCACUUGUAUAGUUCGGGCGAGAAGAAAUCGACUUCUUCAGCACACUACAGAGCGACUGUUACUUUACAGAGAGAGUCUGAAGUUCAGAAACGGAGGAAACAGCACUGGAUUCUGAAUGGCCUUAUGAAACAUUCGUGUUAAUAUUUGUGUGACUUUUUUUUACGCAGUAUUAAUUACAGUUGACACGUAGAAUCAUAGAACAUAAAAUAAAACUAUAGAUUUCAUUCGUGUUCAUGUUCAUGUAUAUACCGAGCGCUGGACUGAGUCGUGUACAGAUAACUCUUUUCUAAAAAAGAUUGUAUAUUUUUUCAUGCACCUCCUUCCUCCUUUUGUUAAUUGUGACUUUAAUCUCCUAUAUUAAGUGCCAGAGUUUCUCCCCAUGCAAUUAUUGUUGGAUAACAGAAUCUAUGGAUAAUAGAAAAUAAACUUCUGUGUCAUUUUUGUUAUCUUAUAAUCAUUUGCAUUGUGUGCUUCAAGAGAUAUUUGAUUUAUGGGACAUGUUAGUCAUUUGCUUUAUUCGUAUGUCGGCCAUAUUGGCUGUGAUGUCAUCACCAGGGUAGGUGUGUGAGGAAGUGCGAGCAGUUAUCAGCGUAUAAGAAAAAGUGACUCAAAACUUAUCUACUUGACAUAAAAUGAGCAAAACACCCAGUAACGUAUUGCACACCAGGUUGGAGAUAGUAACUGGGUUGCAUGUAGUAAAUAAAUGUUUAUUUUGACACAGAUUUGACAACUGAGGCCAUUUUAGCUUUGUUUUAACCACAUCUGCGGGAAGGUAGGCAUCCAUUUCAUGCCGUUUUUUUAAUCUCUUGAGCGUAAGUCUUUUAACUUUGGUAAGUCUUAACAAUGAAUAAACACUUUUCCUCAAGAUUAGGAUGAAAAACUGUCCAGAUCUUCGCUUUGCUAAUUUUCCAAGUGAAAAAAAGGCAGGAAAUGAACAAAUUCCCUCCAACAAACAGCACCAGAUACCUAGGUUACAUGAAGAAAAGAUGUAUUUGUAUUCAUUUUUACUUAAAAUUAAUAAAAUUGAAGCAUUUGGAUGAAAAGAAAAUGUUCAACUCUGAACCAAGACUUUCUUCAGGACUAACUGUAAAGAAGUGUUUGUUUUUAAACAAAACCAUUAAAAAUGACAUUAUAAUACGAUUAGUUAGACAAUUUGUUGUCUAACCAGAAAAAAAAAACAUUUUAAACAGAUAAACAGUUUUAUUUUUUUGUACUUAACGUCCUUAUUGUUCUGUGUGAAAUACACCUCAGGUGGCGCUCGCGCUGUUUUUUUUAACUGCCGGAAGUUGAUUUUUCCCGCCGUUUCUUCGCUUCUCCUUCACGGACGCGCGCCUGAAGAGUUUACUGCGCUGUGAUUGGUUAGUGGUUGCUAUGGUAACUAGUCUCAGUACAUGCAGCUUGAGCUAUUAACGCC